CACCCACUCCACAAGAGAGCCAGCCUAUUCACCCACUAAACAUUAAAAUAUAUAUAUAUUUCAACCCACAACAAGCAGUAUUACUGGUCUGCUUAUGCUAUCAGGGAUUACUACGUCUUUAUAACACCACCCAUCACUUGCUCCUAACUAAAAAUGCUCGCUCGCUUAACUCCUACUGCUCCAGAUUUCACAUAUAAGUUAAUAUUUUCUCAAGGUUGUUUCAUUUUUCAUUUUUUAAGAUUCUGGUUUCCUUACUGUGGAGUGAAUUGGGCAAUGUUUUGGGUUUCUUGAAGAAGACAAGACGGCAGUUUUGGGCGGGUUUGGGAUGAGGAGGAGGAGGAGGUUUAUUGAGAAAGAUUUGUAAUGAAUAGUCAAGCUUUGGGUUUGGCCACACAGGUUAUGGUAAUGGCAAUUGUGAUAUCUGUGAUAUUGUUGUUUGUGGGUAUUGGAGUUUUGGUGUUAAUUCAUGUGUGUAUUGUUGGGAGUGCACUCAGGAGCGGAUUUGGCAACAAUACUAGGGCUGAAAGGGGCAGCUUUGGAAGCACAAGCAUGUCCCAGGAAGAUUUAGAAAAGCUUCCUUGCUUUGAUUUCAAACCAAAAGAAAAGGGUAGUAGUAGUCCUGUGGAUUGUUGUGCUGUUUGCUUGGACAACUUUAAAAUUGGUGACAAGUGCAGAUUACUGCCUACCUGCAACCACAGCUUCCAUGCUCAGUGUGUGGAUUCAUGGCUUCUGAUGACACCCAUUUGUCCGAUUUGUCGUGCGAGUGCUGAUUCUUGGAAGGGUGAUGGCUCAGCUUGGGGCGAGGGAAGUAGCCGUUUCAGUGAUAGUGGAAUUGAGUUGAGAGACGGCCAAACAACAGAAAACACCCGCUUGAGUGAUGUUGGGAUUGAGUUGAGAGAGAGCCAAACGACAGAAAACACCCACUUGAGUGAUUCUGGAGUUGAACUAAAUGAAAACCAAACGGCUUCAGUUGGAGCUCAGUUGAGUUUGAAUGCCACUCCUUCACAUGUUUCUGUAGAGGAACCAGCUGUGUGAGAGGCUGCUUUUGAAGUCUAAAUCUCAGUAAUUACUGUUACUCAUCAUCAUGUCUAUAACUGGAAUAAAUAUAUAGAUAUUGUUAGUAUAAAAAUGGAUUUAUUCAUCCCUUUUUGCAUGUUCAAUUUGGUAGAUUUAGCUGUAUGGUGCUUCUCUGGCUCUUUCCUGGUCACUUCGAUGCAUUUUAUUUGGAGAUAGCUCCAUUUGUGUUUGUGAUCAGAUUACGUUUUCAAACACAAACUGUAGCUUAGGGUUUUGACAGUAAAGAUGAAUCCUGAACUUGGACAGUUAUAAUAAUAAUAAAAAAAAAAAAAACACACAUUCUUUGUAGGAAUUAACCAACCACGCAUUAUUGUAAAUGAUUACUGACAGUUAUAUUGCGUGCAGUAUAAACUUGGAAGGCUU